GAAACACACACACAGCGGACACAGCAGACACUGCAGACACUCUCAGCCGUGUGAGGCAAGUGGCAAGUGGCAAGAGAGAGGCAUCACAUCGUUAUGGACUCACCUACACCGCCAAUUGUCAUCGACGAUUCAAACGGUUCAGCAAUGGAUGCCUGUUUCACGGCAUUCGACAAGGAUGGCGAUGACCGCCUGAAUCUCACUGAAUUUUCGGUAAUCUGCCGCGCGCUGUUCCGCAACGACAAGGGACACAUCUACGAUGUGCCGCCGGAACGGCUCGAGCAGAUAUUCGCUGUGUUCGACACGAAUGCGGAUGGGCAUAUCGAUAGGGAGGAGUUUAAAUUCUGUUGGAAUCAAUGGAUAAAAACGAUUGUGCGACCGGUGAACGCGUUCCUCAUUGUUGAUGUACAAAAUGAUUUUAUAAGUGGUUCCUUGGAUAUAAGUAAUUGCAGUGCACAGCAGCAAGGACAUGAGAUACUGGAGCCCAUUAACAAACUCUUGGAUACUGUGGACUUUGAUGCCGUUUUCUAUUCAUUGGACUGGCAUCCCAGCGAUCAUGUUUCAUUUAUUGAUAAUGUCAAAAUGCGGGCCAUGGACGAGUCCUCGGCGCUUGACGCUGAUUCUGCCCAGGUCUUCGAUACGGUCAUCUUUGCCGGUCCGCCACCCAUGAAGCAACGCCUCUGGCCACGUCACUGCGUGCAGGACUCGUGGGGCGCCGAGCUGCACAAGGACCUCAAGGUAGUCGAUCACGGCAUCAAGGUGUACAAGGGCACCAACCCGGAGGUGGACUCGUACUCUGUUUUCUGGGACAACAAGAAGCUGUCGGACACCACGCUGAAUGCCCAGCUGAAGAUGAAGGGCGCCACCGAUAUCUAUGUGUGUGGCCUCGCCUACGAUGUGUGUGUGGGCGCCACCGCUGUGGAUGCCCUUUCGGCUGGCUAUCGCACCAUAUUGAUAGACGACUGCUGUCGGGGCACCGAUUUCCAUGACAUUGAGCAUACCAAGGAGAAGGUGGUCACCAGCGAUGGGGUCAUUGUGCACACAGCCGAGGUCAAGGCCAUGGCUGAGGGUCGUGAUCGCCGUCCCGAAUUGGGCUACAAAUUGGCCAUGGAGCUGAAAAGUCCCGAUUCGGUGCUCUCACAACGCAAUGGCUUUAGACCCACUUACUAAACCCUUCCCCACCCCCCAAAGUGGACACAGGUUAAGGAAUUGAGCAGCACGCUAAUGGCUUAUGGCUAAUGGUUCAUGGACUAAAAGACAAAAUAAAAGUUUAAAUGGCUUUCAGUGUAGUUUAGUGCGUUUCCAAAUAGAAUUUAGAAUGUAGAAAUAAACUCAAAAAUCACCUAGGAAGUGCAUUAAUGGUAGUUAGAAUUGUUAUCCAUAUGCAACAUAUGCAACAA